UCCGCGUAGUGUACACGUAUCAAAUCUGUUUUAACCGCCUACAAAAAAAGGAGGUCAUCAAUUCGACGUGAAUUUUGCCUUUACGCUGUGUAACUAAUCAGUAUGUUGUUGAUAAUAUGGGCGUUGGUGCUGGUGGCUGCAGCGGUGGAAUACAUCAGACGUACAUACACUCUGUUUACCAGGCAAGGAGUCAAGCAGAUCGCCCCCGUCCCACUGCUGGGGGACAUGACACCGCUUCUCUUAAGAAAAGAGCAUUUCACUAAACAUAUGGAGAGAAUAUAUAACGAAAACUCUGGUGAAAGGUUUGUGGGGCGCUACGAAUUUACCAAGCCGACACUAUUUUUGCGCGACAUCGAGCUGUUAAAGAAGAUCACUGUGAAAGACUUCGAGCACUUCCUGGACCACAAGACGUUUAUAGACGAACAUACGGAUACUAUGUUCGGCAGGAGCCUCUUUUCUUUGAAAGGUCAAGAAUGGAAGGAUAUGCGCUCCACCCUAAGCCCCGCGUUCACCAGCUCCAAGAUGAAGCUCAUGAUGCCAUUCAUGGUGGAAGUGGGCGAGCAAAUGAUACAGGCGUUGAAGAAAAAGAUUACAGAUUCCGGAGUUGGCUACGUAGACAUUGACUGUAAAGACCUGACGACGCGCUACGCCAAUGACGUGAUCGCUUCCUGUGCCUUCGGGCUGAAAGUGGACUCCAUAACGGAGGAGAAUAAUCAAUUCUACGCGAUGGGCAAAACUGCUUCCACAUUCACCUUCAAACAGAACCUCGUAUUCUUUGCAUAUUCAGUCAUCCCUAAGAUAAUACAGAUGCUGAACAUAACGUUUGUUAGUGACGAAACUAAAAACUUCUUUACCGACCUGGUGACAAGUACAAUGAAGGACAGAGUGGCCAGGCACAUCAUCAGGCCUGAUAUGAUCAACAUCCUCAUGGAGGUCAAGAAGGGAAAAAUAUCUCACGAAGAAAACUCUACCAAAGAUAUUGACGCUGGAUUUGCUACUGUCGAAGAAUCUGCUGUAGGCUUGAAAGAAGUUAACAGAGUAUGGUCUGACGAUGAUCUCGUCGCGCAAGCGUUCCUGUUCUUCAUCGCUGGUUUCGAGACCGUGUCAUCAGCGAUGUCGUUCCUCCUCCAUGAAAUCGCAGUGAACCCUGACGUCCAAGAGCGGUUGUACCAGGAGAUCAAAGACAACAAGGCGAAUAACGGAGGGAAGUUCGACUACAACUCCAUACAGCAAUUGAAGUAUAUGGAUAUGGUGGUUUCGGAGACACUAAGGCUCUGGCCCCCAGCAGUUAUUCUAGACAGGCUAUGCAUCAAGGAUUACAACAUGGGCAAGCCUAACAACAAAGCUGACAAGGAUUUCAUAUGUCGCAAAGGUCAGAGUCUAGUUAUUCCUGUAUGGGCGCUCCACAGAGACCCCCAAUACUUCCCGAACCCAGACAAGUUUGACCCUGAGCGAUUCUCCGACGAGAACAAACACAACAUCAAGCCUUUUACAUACUUACCCUUCGGCUUGGGACCCAGAAAUUGUAUUGGAUCGAGGUUCGCUCUGAUUGAAGUCAAGGUAAUGAUGUACCUGCUCCUAGAACACUUGGAAGUAUCCCCGUGCGAGAAGACCUGCAUACCAGCCGUGCUAGACAAGUCCACGUUCAGCAUGAUGAUGCAUGGUGGACACUGGAUCCGGCUGAAAGUCAGACAGUGAUAAAGGGAUCCCGGAUUUCAACUCAUUCAUUUAAUUCGAGUCAUUUAUAAGGCAGGUUCUACAUAUAUGAUAUUCAUGAAAGUAGAUGAACUUUAAAUUAUAAAAUAGUGCAAACGAUUCCGUAGCCUCUAUCUACUUCUGUAGAAUAGAGGUGUGAUAUUAAAUGUAUUAAGUAGUUUGAAUAGUCCAGAUUUGACUUAUUAGUUGCGUAAAUUUGUUUACGUAAGUUUUUAUUAUAUUUUUGUAGGUGAUGAUGAUUAGGCACUAGGAUUUAUCGCCGCAACUGUCAAUCACUUGAGAAUAACUUGAACAAAAUUGAUUUGUAUAACGUUUAGUUGAGCUGUCAGUGUCAUAGCAAUUGUAUGGAAAAUAAAUAUUCAGCACUGCGCUGCCAUUUUAUUUUUUCUUGCAAUAAAACGUCUGUGUAGAUUAUAAAAUGCGCAUAACAUGAAUUACCUACGUCUUUACAAUUGUACAUUAAUAUUGUAUAUAAAAAAGAUAAUAUUCUAAAAUGAAUAAUAGGUAGAUACGAUAUUAAAAAUAUCAAAUAAUAAUAUGACGUUGCUUUGUA